AUGGAGCGUGUACAACCAAAAGACGAUCCAUGCAUCUUCUGCUUCAAAAUAGUGUCAUCUGAAAAAGAGAAAAGAUACGUUACAACAGAAAAUUACACACAAUUAGGUUUAACGGAGGAUGAAUUCAUCACAACACGAGGCAAAAUAAUUUGUUCUGCGUGUAGAAUGUCGAGAAUACUUCCGAAAUACAAGAAUAAGUGUCCCACAUUAAAUUGCACUACGCCGAGAAGAAAAAUUAAAUUACGUGAAUUGCAUUUAUCCGACAAAGAGGAACUCAUCAUUGAAGAAAAAUUUCAAGUGUCAAAGAACGAAAAUGUAUGCCGGGCCUGCUCGUACAAAAUAUACAAAUACAUUACGACUAGCUUGAAAGUAGAAAAUAACGAUUACAUUCCAAAAGCUAUAAGCCAAAUGGAUUCUGUGAUCUGUACCUACAAUAGAUAUCCAGCCUCGAGUAACAUCAACGUUCAACAACUAGAUGCCUCAACACCUCCACUCAGCAAUAACAUCAGUGAGAGAUAUCCAGCCUCGAGUAACAUCAACGUUCAACAACUAGAUGCCUCAACACCUCCACUCAGCAAUAACAUCAGUGAGAGAUAUCCAGCCUCGAGUAACAUCAACGUUCAACAACUAGAUGCCUCAACACCUCCACUCAGCAAUAACAUCAGUGAGAGAUAUCCAGCCUCGAGUAACAUCAACGUUCAACACCUAGAUGCAUCAACACCUCCACUCAGCAAUAACAUCAGUGAGAGAUAUCCAGUCUCAAGUAACAUCAACGUUCAACAACUAGAUGCCUCAACACCUCCACUCAGCAAUAGCAGCAGUGAGAGAUAUCCAGCCUCGACUAACAUCAACGUUCAACAACUAGAUGCCUCAACACCUCCACUCAGCAAUAACAUCAGUGAGAGAUAUACAGCCUCGACUAACAUCAACGUUCAACAACUAGAUGCCUCAACACCUCCACUCAGCAAUAACAUCAGUGAGAGAUAUACAGCCUCGAGUAACAUCAACGUUCAACACCUAGAUGCAUCAACACCUCCACUCAGCAAUAACAUCAGUGAGAGAUAUCCAGCCUCGAGUAACAAGCUUAACCAUGGAGGAAGACCAAGGAAAAAGUUCAGCGAAGGAAGCGUAUCUACGAGACGUAGAAUAAAAUCAAAGGCAAAGAGUUUACUGAGUGAACUGGUUGGCAAGUAUGACGAAAUAUCGAAAGGGGAAGGACGGGAAUUAUUUGAAGAUGUUUGUGAUAAAGUACCAAUUAGUAGCACAACCGACAAAAAAUUGCUCGAAGUGGUUCAUGGUAUCGCAAAGGCUUACACAAAAGAACCGCCAGGACCCGCCGGAAAGACUAGAAUUUUAAGCACUGUUGCAAACGCCUUUUCUAACAAGGAACUUCAAGCCAAAUUUAACUGCACUGACUAA